AUGGACAAUACGGUGUUAAUGUGGUUGUCCCGUGUUAAAGAACGAUUAAAUAUUAUUCCUAAAUUUUUAGCCGUCAAUACGAGGAAAACUUGCCGUGAAGUUAUCGUUGACCAUUUCUUGGAGAACCAAGAAAUUGAUGCCAAAAUUGGUGGGUCUGGACGCAUCGUUCAAAUUGAUGAAAGUAAAUUUGGACGACAAAAGUUCAAUAAAGGUCGGCGGGUAGAUGGACAUUUGGUUCUCGGUAUGAUCGAGUAUGAAUUUGAGGAUCUCAGGUUGGAAUUGUGUACUGGGAAUGUACUCAGUGCUGAUGUACUGAUUCCUCUGAUAAGAAAUUGUCUGGGAGAGCAUGGUUACAUCCAUAAGAAGUUGAACCAUGGCGAACCCGACAAUCCGUUUGUAGCGGAGGAUGGUACCCAUACCCAAAGGAUAGAAUCCCAAUGGAGGAUAUUAAAACGGGCAUUCUACAACGACAGCUAUAACCACAAUUUCGCGGACUGGGUCGUGGAGUACCAGUGGCGACGAAUUUAUAAUGACAUUACAACAAAUCCAAAAUCUAUUUAUGAAACUUAUUCCGCCUCAUUUGGCCGCCUAUCAGAUUUCGAAUCAUCCAAUCAGAGACUGGAGCUAGAGCGAGCGGCACGUUGGCAGUGGCGAGAUGGCGGUGUGGAGUCAAGUCGAACCAACCCAACACUUUAG